AUUUUUUUGUAUAUAUCUUGUUUUCGUCGCAACCAUGCAGUUCAAGACGCUGCACAGCGUGGACACCGAGUACUCGGCCGACGCCGUGGAAUGGUGCGUCCAGGACGAACGGCACGAAGGCUACUUCGCCUGCGGCACAUAUCAGCUGGUGGAGGGCGAGCACAAUUCACCGGCUGGCGAUACGCCGCGCAAGGGUCGUGUCUAUUUGUAUGCGUUCGACAGGCAUAUUGGCGCGCUGCAACGGCUGCAGUGCAUCGAAACGGCUGCCAUAUUGGACAUGAAAUGGCUGCCCGCCUGGUGCUCUGACACCGGACCGCUGCUGGCCACAGUCAACGCCCUUGGCCAGCUGGAGAUCUACGAGCUGCUGCAUGCGGAGCACCAGCUGCAGCGACGCGCCCAACUGGCGCUGGAAGGGAAUACGAAGCCGGCGCUAGCACUGGCCCUCGACUGGCAGCGUGUUGAUGGCGGCGCUGCCUUGCAGCUGCUCGUCUCCGACUCGCACGGCAAUGUACAUCAGCUGCAGUACACGGCGCAGGGUCAACUCAGCCAGCUGUGCGUUUGGCGGGCGCACGGCUUUGAGGCUUGGACAUGCGCCUUCGAUCGAUGGUCACCACAGCGCGUCUAUAGCGGCGGCGACGACUCGCUGCUGCACGCCUACGACUUGCGCGGCGGCGGCCCGACAGCGGAACCACAGCGCAUCUGGACAAAUAAAGCGCAUGGCGCCGGCGUCACCUGCCUGCUCAGCCAUCCGGAGCGCGAGCACCAGCUGCUCACCGGCAGCUACGACGAGCUGUUGCGUGUGUUCGACACGCGUGCCAUGAAACGCAGUCUCGCCGAACUCAAUCUGAACGGUGGCAUUUGGCGGCUCAAGCCGCAUCCCCAGCGCAGCGAUCUCAUCCUGACCGCCUGCAUGUACAAAAACUUUAGCGUCGUGCAACUGAAGGACUCGGCGGCGCUCAGCCUGCUGGGCACCUAUGAGGAGCAUUCGAGCAUUUGUUAUGGCGCCGACUGGGCGCCAAAUGUCGACAAAUUGGAGAAUGUCGCCACGGAUCAUGCCCAACGGCUGCACAUGGCCACCUGCUCCUUCUAUGAUCACAAGCUGUGCGUGAGCAGCGUGGACAUCAAAUUCGAGAUGUUGUCAAGCCAGUUGUUUAUAUUGAAAUGAAGCAAUAGAAAAAACAUGUGCCAGUAAAAGCAGCUAAUGAGCACUCGACUCUCUUGAUGAUUUGUCAUGCUAGGUGUCCUGCAAGACACACUGCAUGACUUGUCCUUGAGUGGCCGCCUUUUUGACCCACUCAAAUAGAGCGGCCAAAGCAAAAAAAAAAAGUCUUGUUAAAUAUAUUA